AUGAGCGGCGCGCUGACGACCGCGGCGAGGCGCCUCGGGGCGUCAUCGCGGCCCCGCGCCGCCCGGGGCCUCGCCUCCGACGCAUCCGCGUCGACGUCGGCGUCGGCGUCGGAUGCGUCGUCCGCGGCGGCGUGGACCGUCGGCGACUACGCGCGGACGGGCGUCGCCCUGGGAUUGGCCGUCGCCACCGCCGGCGUCUGCGAGUCCGCGCUUAACGACCUGUUCGUGUGGAGCCUGUGCAAGCGACGGGCGAUGCCCGCGAUCGAGACGCACCCGCGGCUCCGGCGGUCGCUGGGCGAGCCGCUGAGAGCGGACGCGUGGUGGAACGCGUCCGUCACGCAUCGCGGCCGCGGGAACCUCGCGUCGUGCGUCUUUUUGCUCGACGGAUCUCGCGCGUCCUGCGACGUCCAGGUGGUCAUGGCGCGGGCGCCGUCGCGAUCGGAGGGCAUCUACGCGUUCGCAUCGUACGCGGUGCCCAACCUGGUGCGGAACGCGGCGUCGCCCGAGGCGUGGAGGGUGGUGCGGAUGGAGGCCAUCCUGCCGCACGAGCGAGAAGCGGGUCUUCCGGGACGGGUGAACCUGCUGCAGGAACCGGAGCCGAGGGGGGGCAUCCUCGAGACGCAGGGAAAGGGGGGAAGGAGUGGGGGGAAGGUGAAGACGCGCGGGUGGUCGUCGCGGAUAGGGCGGUGGUUCGGACGCGGUGCGAGCGAGUAA